AUGUUUAUCCGCAGAACCCUAUUGCAAUUGCCCAAAUGGGUCAAGCCCUACUCUAGCGAUGCCACCUUGGCAACAACGCCUUUCACAGAUCUCCAUUCCAAGCUGAAUGCUACAAUGGUCCCUUUUGCAGGCUACUCGAUGCCAGUCUUGUACAAGGGACAGACCCAUAUAGAGUCUCACAAUUGGGUCAGAUCCAAUUGUGGUGUCUUUGAUGUUUCCCAUAUGCUUCAGCACCGGAUCAAAGGUCCAAGCACCACAUCGUUCCUUCAAAAGCUGUGUCCAACAGAUCUCCAAUCUCUGAAACCUUUCCAUUCUACGCUGAGCGUUCUUUUGAACAAAGAUGGAGGAGUCAUUGAUGACUGUAUGAUCACCAAGCACGACGACGAUAGCUUCUACAUUGUGACCAAUGCCGGUUGCAGAGCCAAGGAUGUCGAGUUUAUCAAAUCGGAACUGUCAAAUUACCCGCAAGGCUCGGGUAUUGUUCAUGAGACAUUCGAAGGUGGGUUGCUCGCUAUUCAGGGCCCCAAGUCGCAAGAAGCAGUGUCGAAAUUCACCUCCUCUGAUCUGAGUGACUUGUAUUUCGGGCAAAGCAGAUUCAUCCCGCUCGACCGUCUGGGAUCGUCGGAAAAAUUCCACAUUGCAAGAGGUGGAUACACUGGUGAAGAUGGAUUCGAGAUCUCUAUUCCAGAUAUAGAGGUCGCUAGAAAGUUCUUUUUGGCUAUUUUGGAAGAUGAAUCCGUCAAACCUAUUGGACUUGCUGCCAGAGACUCUCUGAGACUCGAAGCCGGAAUGUGUUUGUACGGACACGAGCUCAAUGAACAGACCACUCCUGUGGAAGCUUCGCUGAACUGGCUUGUCUCUAAAUCCAGAAGAUCUGACGAGUUCAAUGGUAGCUCCAAGAUUCUCAGCCAGCUUGAGACACCUAAAUCUGUCACUUUCAAGAGAGUCGGAAUCAAGUCAAAAGGACCAUCACCUCGUGAUGGAAACAAGAUCUUCGCCGCAGACGAUAAGACCAAGCAGAUUGGUGUCGUUUGCUCUGGAUCUCCAUCUCCAACAUUGGGUGGAAAUAUUGGACAGGCCUUUAUCGACAAGCCAUACCAGAAAACAGGGACUGAGGUUCUCAUCGAGAUCAGAGGCAAGCUCAGACCAGCCACCGUCUCCAAGAUGCCGUUCGUGGAGCCAAAGUAUUAUCGUCCGUCGGUGUAA